AUGCAUCAAAUUUUCAUCGAGCCUACAUCCGUCAGUCAGAGCACAAAGUCCGAGGUCAUCGAGACAGAGACAAUGGAGAUUGAUUGCGGUUCGUCGAAGGACAAGCGAGAUCCGAGGAAGGACGAUCGUGAGCUGAGUGCAACGUACGAUAGCUACAAUCUCCUAUUUCUCACUGUAACGUACCUGAUUCCCAUGUCAGUGAUGGCUGUUUGUUACACGUGCAUGGGACGAAAGUUAUGGGGUUCGAAAUCUAUUGGUGAACUUACUCAUUACCAGAGAGAAUCAAUGAAAUCUAAGCGCAAGGUUGUAAAAAUGUUUAUUAUUGUGGUGACAAUAUUUGCAGUAUGCUGGUUGCCAUAUCAGGGAUUUUUCAUCUUCGUAUACCAUUAUCGUCAUUUUACAGAAAACAGUUAUGUGCAACACGUGUAUUUAAGUUUUUACUGGUUGGCUAUGUCCAACUCUAUGGUAAAUCCGAUCAUCUAUUACUGGAUGAAUAACAGGUUUCGAGUUUACUUUGAAUUGGUAAUCUGCAAAUGCUGCUGCAUGGUAGAUCGGACAAACGUACAAACCCAUGAAACGCAAGAAUUAGCGGGAUUCCAGCGCUCAGAACUAAUACCAUGCAAUUCGGGUCGUUUUAGAUCUACAUCUGUCAGAUGGAGACAAAGCGUGGCCGAAAGUCAGGUACAGACCUUUAAAAUGAAUACUAAAACAACAUGCGAGGGACUCCAGACUAAAGAGGAUGUUGCUAUAAUCUAAAUUCUAGUUUAAUUAUACAUUACGAAGAGAACAACGUUAUAGAUAAUAUCAUAAUAUUACCGUCUUCAUACAUUACAACGAGCUUUGUUAUGAGCAAUUAACAAAUUAUAACGCAGUUCUGGUUGUACGAUCGUUAAAUGCCAAUAAUAUAAUAUGUUAAUAAACAUAAUAUUCUACUCGUCUCCUUUUGAAAGAUAUUAUUUUCUUACUCGUAAAUGAGACUGAAAAAAGUGUAAAGAAAAAGUUCGAUGUUAUUUGUAAUAUUCAGAUGUACUUAAUAAUGUAAUUAUAUGAAUAUACGUCUUACAUAUUGAUGAUAACAUUUCACACUCUUUCCGAAAUACUACUAUUAUAAUAUGAACAAAAUUCUGUAUAUAUUAUAAAAUAAACAUGAUUCGUUUCCAUGUA